CAUAGAGUGGUAAUAUUCUCUUUGCUCAUCAUCAGGAAUCAUUAUUACUUCAGUCCAUACGAUUUAUUUUGCGUGUGAAGUUAUAUUGUUAUUUUUUUCGACAACUAGUUCAAGAAAUAUAGCAGAAACUAGAAAAAGCUCUAUAGAGUGUGGUAUAGUGCAUGUAUAGUGAAGAUCCAUGAAGUUUUUGACGUAAAUUAUUCGUGUAGUAAAUAUGGCUGACGAACUCAAUGUUGACAGUCUAAUUCACAGGCUUUUAGAAGUCCGAGGAUGUAGGCCUGGCAAAACGGUGCAGAUGUCAGAGUCAGAGGUGCGGGGCCUCUGCACUAAGUCCAGGGAAAUUUUCUUACAACAGCCAAUACUGCUGGAAUUGGAAGCGCCACUCAAAAUUUGUGGUGAUAUACAUGGGCAAUACACAGACUUACUACGUCUCUUUGAAUAUGGUGGCUUUCCACCUGAAGCCAAUUAUCUCUUCCUCGGCGAUUAUGUAGACCGUGGCAAGCAAUCCUUGGAAACCAUUUGUCUACUGCUGGCUUAUAAAAUCAAAUAUCCUGAAAACUUCUUCCUCCUACGAGGCAAUCAUGAGUGUGCCAGUAUUAAUCGCAUUUAUGGAUUUUACGACGAGUGCAAACGCCGGUACAACAUAAAAUUGUGGAAAACCUUUACUGACUGCUUCAAUUGCCUGCCUAUUGCCGCCAUCAUUGACGAGAAGAUAUUCUGCUGCCACGGUGGCCUCUCGCCGGACUUGCAGGGCAUGGAGCAGAUCAGACGGAUAAUGAGACCGACUGAUGUCCCUGAUACAGGUUUGCUUUGUGACCUGCUGUGGUCUGAUCCAGACAAAGAUGUCCAGGGAUGGGGCGAGAACGACCGCGGAGUGUCGUUUACGUUUGGUCCUGAUGUCGUCAGCAAAUUCCUCAAUCGACAUGACUUGGAUUUGAUUUGCAGGGCCCAUCAGGUUGUAGAGGACGGAUACGAAUUCUUCGCAAAGCGUCAGCUGGUGACAUUAUUCUCGGCACCCAACUAUUGCGGCGAGUUUGACAACGCUGGCGGCAUGAUGUCUGUCGACGAAACACUAAUGUGCUCGUUCCAGAUUUUAAAGCCAUCUGAAAAGAAAGCUAAAUAUCAAUACAACGGCAUAAAUAGUGGGAGGCCUGCCACACCACAGCGGACACCACCUAAAAAAAAAUAACUGGCGUUUGGGAUCCAGUGUGCUGCACAGUGAGAGGAAUGCUACAAAUAAUUAAUUAUAUUGUGUAUUAUAAUUAUUAUGUGUUUAAUAUGGUCGUGAGGCAGAGCCGUACUCAGAGCCGUAACUGUUGAAAUUAUUUAUCAAUUGCUUGUGCCUUCUUAUUUAUACUUUAUGAUUAAUGUGAGUGAUAUUAAUUUAUGAGUUUAGUUCUAAAGAUAAUAAAAAUCGGAUUAGGACCAAGACAUGUUCGGCGACGUCUCAUGACUCAUUGCUUUUUCGAUCCCUGAUAUAAUAACCAACGCAGCCUUUAGUACGGAUUGACCCUGUUACGUUAUUGUGACCUGUUGAAGUUGUAGUCAAAUUGUUUUGUUAUUUUGAAGAGUUUGAGGUGGCAAGCAGAGAUGCGGGCAUUGGACACAGAGCGUCGAUACGUUUUCAUACUACUAUUUAUUUAGUUGUAGUGGAUCGGAAGCACAUUCGCUUUAUUCUGUAACUAAUGUGCCUAUAAAUGUUAAGUAUGUAUAGGUCGGUAUAAGUGACAGUAAUUGGUUAUUGAAGUUUAUUUUGAAUUAGUACCUAUGUCGAGAUUGUUUUCAAAAUUGAAAUAAUCGUCAAAAACUUGAUGAUGAUUAGAUUUUAUUUCUUUCAACCUUUAUGAAUUUAAUUCUUUUGUGGAGUGGCCUAAGACAUGAUUAUUAUUACUUUCACCUAGAUGUAAAAUAUUUAGUGUUUAUUUUGGUUCUAAUAAUCAUUAAUCCAGUUAACUUGGGAGUGGAUUCCCCAGUGAAAUUAAAAUAAUUAUGCACUCAGUAUUAAAUACACCACCAGAAGAUUGGCAUGAUCUCCAUAUUGAGGCUUUUUCUUCACAUUAAUUCUAGAAGUCUGAAUGGAAUGAUAAUUUAAAAAGGCGUUAGAAGCAGUGUAGUCCUCGCAACAAUAGUGCAAUUGCUAUUAUUAUAAAUUAUUAUAUAAAAUAUGCAAGUUUUGCAUUGUACAAUUUUAAUUUUUUUAGCUAUGUUAACAAAUAAAUGUCAAAUAAUUUUCAUUGAAUAAAUAUUACUAUUUAAUGUAAGAGAA